AUGGUAGUAGGAUUUAUCAAUGGAGUUUUAGCUUUGAUUACAUUUAACAACAAAACUAUAUGUGAAGUUGGUUGUGGUUUGUAUCUAUUAGGUUCAUCAAUUACUACUUUACUUACAACGAUUAUAUUUGGAUUAAAAUUUUGGAUACUUGUUCUUGCACAAAUGACACUUGUAUCUAAUCGAUUAUUUUUAAAAAUUCAAUGUAUAUCUCUCCAUUUUAUUUUAAGAGUUUGUCUUAAUAUGGAUCAAUGGUUAAAUUCUUGUGUUGCUACAGAACGAGCAGUAACAAUAAUAAAAGCUACUCAUUUUCAUAAGGCAGCAAGUAAAAAAAUAGCGAAAAUAAUUAUUGUUAUGCUUGUGAUUUUCACUAUUGGCACUUCUAUUACUGAUCUUCUUUAUCGACGUUUAAUUGAUGAAGACACUGAAGAUUAUAAACGUAUAUGCUAUUAUUCUUAUAACAAAAAAUCUCGCCAACGAUCAAAUCUUCAAAUUAAUCGAAAUUUUAAAGAACUUUUUAAGGAACAAAUCCUACGACAUAAACAUGUAUUGACUGCUCCAGUUCUAUUAGUUAUUCUUGCAUUACCACGUUUAAUUCUUUCAUUUUUAUCAAAAUGCAUGAAAUCAACAAAUGAUGCAUGGUUAUUUCUUAUUGGAUAUUUUAUUCCAUUUAUUCCACCUAUGCUUACAUUUGUUAUAUUUAUAUUACCGUCAAAGUUUUACAAACAACAACUUCAUAAAUCUCUUGUUGCUUAUCGAACUAAAAUAUAA